AUGAUCAACGGCCCAACCAGCGACUGGCCCCUGGCAGUUUGCGACUACCAGUCGCUCGACAUCCCCCUGGAUGUCGAGGAGUGCGAUCGCGUCGCUUGGGACCGCACGACGGAGAGCAUCCUGCUCUAUGCAAACGCUGCCCACCGGUGGCACUACUUCCACGGCAUGGAGCCCAAUGAGGUGCUCGUGUUCCGUAACUGCGACACCCGUGGCUACCACGUACCUUUCGGUGUGCAUGUGGCUUUCGAUUACCAAUCUCAGCUGCUGCCCAAAGUCCCACGCCAGAGUAUCGAGGUGCGAAUUGUGUGCUUUUUUCGGUGA